GGCGAGCAAAAAAAAAAGCACUUAGCCAUCAUAAAAAGUCAAAAAUAGGGCUUAAACUAUGUAUAUUCAAACAAAAACCCAUGUUUCUGUGAAAAAGUGAUUUUUUUUUUUUUUUUUGCCAUCAGUCUUCAAAAUCAAAAUUGGGACGUCCCUUGUUGGUAGUCAAUUCACCUCUGCUCAUGCUCAUCAACUUCCAGCUCUUCUUCACCUCUUCCUGCCCUCUGCUGCUCUACUUUUUCUAGACAGAAAUCGGGAUAUAUCACUUCACUGAGUGUUGAGAAGUUUUUCAGCAAAGACAUCAAGUACCUCGUAUCAAAUAAGAGGGAAGCCAAAUACGUGCAAUGCCUCAGAAAUGUCUCGCCGCUCCCAAGCCCGCAAUCUGUACGGAGUUCACCUUGUUCUCGAAACCACCCAGAACGCGUUAGCGACAGCAUCAAGAGCAGGUCUCAAGGUCACGCUGACACGUUUGUCACAAGCCGUGGAAAGUCUUUAUUUGAAAAAGCUGUGAAAGAAAUGGACAUUUUGCAGACAGACCAGCUUGUGUCAAAGGCUCUAGAGUGGGGAGUAAAAGUCCUCUACAUUGAUGAUGUGUUGGCAUACACGGAGAAGAAAAAAAAGGCCAUUGCAAGCCAGUGUCAAAUCUGUGCUGCUGCCAAAACAGCUGUCAAAGCAGCAUCAACAACAAAGCUCACGUGUCAGAAAGCCAAAGGAGGGCGGAUUCGUAAACCUUUCAUCAAAGUUGAAGAUUCAAGCAGACAUUAUUGUCCGAUAUACGUCACCUUGACCAAAAUACCAGAGUUGAAUCUAAAGACGCUUGCUCCUCAUUGUCCCUUCUUGAUUGAUGGUAAACAACCUGCUGGGGACAAACAGCAGGGGAACAGUGCCAAAGCUUCAAUUUGUGAAGGACAAGCUGCCAGUCGAAAAAAAAACAAAGUAAAGAAAGGAAGUGGCUACUGCGAGUGUUGCUUGACCGGGUACGAUAACCUGACAACACACCUGCGAAGUGAACGCCACCAGGCUUUCUCCAAGAGCGAUGCUUACCAAGUUUUGAACCAACUAAUUUCAACACUACACUGCAGCUUUACCCAUUCCAAAAUAUUUAUUAAAAGGCAAAAGCAGAGUGUGUUGUCUGUUCAAUCAGACACUUGACCAUUUGGGGGAAGUGAUCUCAGAUCCAUGGAGAUAAUUAAAGAGGAGCAGCACCUCCUGCCUCUUGACUGCUGCAGGCUUUAUUUCUUUCAAAAUCUCUUCUGGUCAUCAGUCUGCUCCUCUGUUUCGCAGUGAUGGCAGAUCUUGUAUGACUGUCUCACACAGGAUAAAUUCUGGAUGUAUCGCUCGUAAACGACUGUGCACUCAAUUUUUUAACGUCUUCCCCUCACAAAGCUGCAGGAAACUGCGCCCUCUAGCGCUAGAAACGUAACCCAACGCUACAUUCAAUUCCUUAAGCGAACCUUCAAGUGCAAGUAUCUCACAGUCAAAUAACCGACACAGUCAUCAGGAGCCACACAGUGAUUCAGACUUUGGAAGCAACAGUGUUGCCAAAAAUCAAUAAGCGAAGACUGGCAGAAAGGAGCCACUCAUGAUAGUUGAUGGAUAAUUUUCUGAGUUUCUUCACCAAGCUCUUCUCCAUCCAGUACAUUCAUAAAGAAGGUCAGAUCAUUUAAAUGCUAAAAUGGAAACCGGAUGGAACACAUGAAGAGCAUGUUAAAGAGAAUGACAGUUUAUGACAAAUUCACACACAGUCCGGCAACUUUUUCAUUCCUUAUAUAAUGGAAAUAGUUUUGAUGACAACAUGGGAACAAUGUUACAGAACACUGCAAAAUCUGAAAUGGUUGCAUGACACCAGGGAAUUAACUUGGAUAUACAGGACUUGCUACAGUAGAAUAGGGAACCUAAACCCAAGGGCCAUUCGAUUUUAUGGAACAAAAAGAAACAAGCCCAAAUUAUAGGAUAUUUUAAUAUAUAAGAGUAUUUAAAAAAAAAAAAAAAAAAAAAAAAAAAACUUGAAUCCAGAAAUGCAUAUAAUAUACAGGCCUAUUGCUUUUCCACAAAAGAGUAAAAUUGAGUGAAAUGCACCCUUAAAUGGAAAGAAUUACUUAAUACACAUUUUAAAUUAUUUGGCAAACUACAUCAUAUUUUAAUAUUCUUACGCAGUUUCAAUAUUCUGUAGUAUAAGUAAUGGCUUUUGAUACCUAUUUCUCUAGUGUUCAUGAAGUGAGAUGUGAUGUGCCCCAUGGUUCAAUUUUAGGCCUAGUGCCUUUUAAUCUCUUCCUCUUGGCACCGUCAUCAGGAAACUUUGGGUCAGUUUUCAUUGUUAUGCUGAUGCCAAUGGACACCUUUUUUAAUUGCAUUAUUAAUAUUAAAUUAUGGAUGUCAGAAAAUUUUCUCCAGUUUAACUAAGACAGACCUGAAGUUUUAGUUAUUGGUCCUGAGACCCUGAGAGAGAAACGUUUACCUGUCCUACAAUCAUUUUUUUAUAAUCUUUCUCCACACGUGAGAAACUUGGAUGUAACCUUCUGGCUCUUUUUUUAAUUCCAAACAACAAGAAAAUCAGUUAUUUUAUUUUAUUUUUUUAAUCAUUUGAGGAGAGUUGCCAGAAUUCAUCCAAUGUUCUUUUGUGUCAAGACGGGGAUACUAACAUAUGCCUCUAUCAACAGUUGUAUUGACAGUUGUAAUGCCCUGAGUAUAUCACAGGUCUACAACUUUUACAAAAUUCUGCAGCGCGCGUCCUCAUGAAGAUUCGCCAUUGCUCUACAUGUGUUUCAGGAUCAGUUUUAAAGUUUUUUUCAAAAAUGUUUUUUAAGGGCUCUUUCACAUUAGACCAAGAGGACCAGGGUCCAGUUGGAGACACUUGCAAGUGACUUGUUGAAAAGGUUCAGUAUUCAUUCUGUGCCAACCGAACUUUCCGAGUAGCAUCACGUGGACGAAAGGCGCACUCAUUGGCCAUGGUUAUUUCGUCUGUCAUCUUGCCAUUGUUGAUUUUGAAUAACGUGCACGUCUGGAGCUGUGACGCUGCACAUAUAGUAGCAAAAGCGCACCCUGCUCCGGUUGUAUUCACAAGCAAAGCAGGGUGUGCUUCAAGCAGACAAAGACUCACAAUUUCGUUUGUUUGGUCUGAACAAGAGUUCGGAUGUGUGUUCACAUUUACAAAACGAAGCGGACUAUCUGAGAAAAAGAACUUUGGUCUGUUUAAAACGAACAAAAUAUUGCUAGUGUGAAAGCGUCCUAAGUGUCUAAGUGGUCUUGGCCCUUCUUAAUUCUGAACCACUUUUACCUUACGAACCCGGGCAGUCCCUGGGCUCUGGCAGAGGUCUCCUCGUUGUUCCAAGACAACCACAUAUGGCGAGGUGUAUUUUCAGGUUUACGACCAUCACUUUUAGAACGCUGACUGAGGACGUCAGGGCUGCUGAGUGUUGAUGUGUUUUAAAAUAGGCUCAAAACUUAUUUUUUAUCUUUUAUGCAGUGAAUUAGUGACUGAUGUGACUUUUCGGUGCUGUGGGCUAAGAUGGUUUGAAUGAGGAUGGGAUGAUAGGUGCACUGGAUGAUUUUAACCUGUAAAGCACUAUGUAUAAAAU